CUCUCCCACAAUCUUUUAAUGCCUUGUCUCUGUCUUUCUCUCUCUUCUCUUCCUCUACUUCUCCUGUGUUCUUUAUAAACGAUACAUUUUUUCUCUUUUCACCGCUCUGGUUCCUCAGACAGCACUAGCAAGAGAGAGAAGAAGAAGAAGAAGAAGAAAUAUCAAUGGCUGGUAUGCUGCCUGGUGUUGAAUGUGCUCGUCGGAGACGGUUCCAUCAGAGCAGCGGUGAUUCAACCGGUGGCGCAGCUGCCUUUAGCUCAACGAGGAGGCCUUCUUUUUGCUUGUAUACAAGCAACCAUGAAACUUCUCAUUCUUCAAUCUCUUCUCUGAAAAAGCAAAGGAGCAUAUCAAACCAAGCUUACGAGGAUGAGAAGCUGGGAGGAUUGGCAAGACAAGCCAAGGAGAGAUUAGAUGAAAGACUAAGAACACAGAAAAAAUCAGCACCCAAUAGGCAUAACAGCAAAGGAAGCUUGAAGGUUGGAGAAAGCAGGUCGAUGGCAGAAGGAGACUUGCAGACAGAGGUGUAUGGGUCAAAGAAGAACAACAAUAGAAAGUUCAAUUGGAGCAGAUUGAGCUGGAAAGCCACUGACCAAGAUGACUGCACCAUCUGCCUUGAAAGGUACAAGUCUGGUGAGACACUGGUGCACCUACCAUGUGCACAUAAGUUCCAUUGCAGAUGCUUGGUGCCUUGGCUGGAGAACAAUUCUCAUUGCCCUUGUUGUAGAUUGCAAAUUCAUGUUCAGUUUUCCUAAUAAUAAUACUCAUAUUUUUCCUGUA